UCAUUACUUAUAAAUGCAUAGGUAUUUCAGGUGAUGGAAAUUUCUGAUUUUGAAGCAGAGAGGAAAGGAAAGACUCAACGUUUCUGGGAAGAAGGAACGAUUUUGUCUUCAUCUCCGUUACUGUUAGGCAUGCGAUUGCAAUGGAUGAUUGGAAACAUGUUCAGGCGACCGCAGCACCAUUUAUUUUCGCGGUGAUUUUCAUUUUGAAUGUUGUCAGCAACCGUUUUUUCCACAUGAAAAAGAAAGUUGCUACAAACCUAGAAGAAGUUCAAGCGAUGCAAGAGAUCAAGCACCUCUUAAAAGAAGCAAAUUCUUUAUCAACGCCUUCCACAUUUGCACAAGCUACUCUGCUCAGGCGGGCAGCUGCAGCCAAGGAGAAAGAACUUCUUGAAAUUAGACAGAAGUUCUCAAAAGAUACAUGCUUGUCAUAUAAUCUGCAGACCAUGGCCCUGAGCGUUUUAAAGGUCUGCAUUUACUUGGGAUUUGCAUGGUGGUUUUGGGGUGUCCCUGUUGCAGGAAUUUCCAUUGAUUUGUUACAGCCUUUUGGAAAUGCAUUAUCAUGGAGACUUGCAAGCAAUGAGAAUCGCCUUGUAAUGAUUGGGAUCAUACCAUGGUUAUUACUGACAACACGUGUUAGUGCUUUCGUCUCUCAUAAACUAAUUUCCAAGUGAGAGAACAUGAUCAAGAGGAGGGGCACUCUUUCAUGAGGAGUUUGUGAUGCAAAUUCGAUUGGAGAGUCUGUUCUAGAAAAUGAGUGUCUAAGUGCAAUGAUUCUACAUUCUCUCAAUUUUUACACAAACGCUUGAUUAGAAUAUUGAUUGUAUGAACUCCUAUACGAUUUUCAGUAUUUUAUAACACAAUAUCUCAUCGCUCUGUGUGACUUUUCUCUUGAAAAUAUUUUAUAUUCUUGUUUCUUACAGAAGGGAUUUCUUAUCUAAUAUUGAUUUCUCAGAAGCAGAA